GGGAGCGCGGAAGGAGGAGCGAGGGGAGCGCGGGCAGCCGCUCGCCCCCGCCCCCGCGCCGCCCGCGCGCAACAGUUCCCCCAAAGUUGCCUCGCGGGAGGCGGGCGCGCCGGGGCGGCCGAGGGGCGGGCAGCGGGCCGGGGGCGCGGCGUCGCGGCCGGGCGCGGGCAGUGCCGGCGGGCGGCGGCGGCGGCAUGGGCACCCGGCAGACCAAGGGCAGCCUGGCCGAGAGAGCCAGCCCCGGCGCGGCGCCCGGCCCCCGCCGCGAACGGCCGGACUUCUGGGCGUCGCUGCUGCUGCGCGCCGGGGACAAGGCGGGGCGCGCGGGCGCCGGCGCGGGGCUGCCCCCCUACCACCGGCGCGUCGGCAUGGUCCAGGAGCUGCUGCGGAUGGUGCGCCAGGGCCGGCGGGAGGAGGCGGGGACGCUGCUGCAGCACCUGCGCCAGGACCUGGGCAUGGAGUCGACCUCUCUGGACGACGUUCUGUACCGCUACGCCAGCUUCCGGAACCUGGUGGACCCCAUCACACACGACCUCAUCAUCAGCCUGGCCCGCUACAUCCACUGCCCCAAGCCGGAAGGCGAUGCGCUGGGCGCCAUGGAGAAGCUAUGCCGGCAGCUGACCUACCACCUGAGCCCCCACUCCCAGUGGAGGCGGCACCGGGGGCUGGUGAAGAGGAAGCCACAGGCCUGGAGAGGAGCUGGAUCCUGGAAUGCAUCCCCAGGUGAAGGAAGAGACCUCAAAGCUCUCCUGGCUGGGAGCCCUCCGGACAACACCGUGGACCUGUCAGGCAUCCCGCUGACCUCCCGGGACCUGGAGCGGGUGACCAGCUACCUGCAGCGCUGCGGGGAGCAGGUGGAUAGCGUGGAGCUGGGCUUCACGGGCCUCACGGAUGACAUGGUCCUGCAGUUGCUGCCCGUGCUCAGCACACUGCCCCGCCUCACCACGCUAGCACUCAACGGCAACCGGCUGACGCGGGCCCUGCUGCGUGACCUCACCGACACCCUCAAGGACCCCAGCAAGUUCCCCAACGUCACGUGGAUCGACCUGGGCAACAAUGUGGACAUCUUUUCAUUGCCCCAGCCCUUCCUGCUCAGCCUGCGCAAGCGCUCCCCGAAGCAGGGCCAUCUACCCACCAUCCUGGAGCUGGGCGAGGGCCCGGGCAGUGGGGAGGAGGCCCGCGAUGGCACAGUGGGCCAGGAUGACCCUGGGGGAGGCCCUCUGGAUCCUGCCAAAGACCAUGAGGGCAGGGAGACUGUAGGUGCAGUUCAGACAUGACACAGAAGUGGGGGUCCUCACCAGGGAGUCCCGGUGGGGUAGGAGGACUGAGGCAGGCGAGGGGGCCCCCACUGGGGGCCUCAGGCGAUCACCCAAAAUUGGCCUGGGCAGCCCCACUCACUGGAGCCAGACUGUAGCAACUGGGAGGGGGGCUGUGUAAUUCUUCCCUUCAGUCCUUUCCACUUCCCCCUCUUGUCAAUCUCAUCUGCCUUUUGGGUCCUGAGAAAUCCUACGUGGCUUGAGGGGCAGUAGCCCUCAGCCUCCCCAGAUUUGUGGGUGGUCUGUUUAUAGAGAUGAAAGCUUGAGCUCAUGUGGGUAAGAACUUAUCCCAGGAAUGGAGUGUAGUUUCGGCCCUACACCUAACCCAGUAUUUCCUGAUAGAAUCCUUUUUUUCUACCCUAACACCUGGCUGAAGGAGGUUGGGGUAGAGGCACUGACCAGCUCCCCAGAGACUCCCAGAGCCUAGUCCCCAUCUUAGAAAGUGGUCUACCUCUCCUCCCUGUGAAGCCCUGGGGGGUCCGAGGAACCACUUCCCAGUCGCAGCAGCCUCCAUUUAGGCCCACACUUCCACCGGGGAUUCCAGGCCCUGCCCUGGGGACCAGCCACCCUCUACCCUUCAAGUGUCCUAGAUGCCCACAUACACGGCAUGCACCCAGAAACCCCCCACCAUCCCCCUGACCCAGGCUAAGACUACCAGACCUUUGGUAGGGCUGCAUUGUUCCAAGUCAGAGUACUUCCCUUCAAAGGAUUUUAAAGACCUUUUUCUCAGUUUCUGGUGGAGUCCCCAAAGAAGUCAUCAAGGGUAACCAGGCUCACUCCCAAAAACCUAUCAUGGAAGGCUCCUAAACAACCCGAGACCAUGAAAAUGAGGUUAGACUUGCAACUCUUAGCAGAUCUAGUACCACCCAGCAAGACAGCUAGGAGACAGGGAGAAACUAGAGGUUCCCAAGGAGUGUGUGAACAAUGGUUUUCACCCUCUCUUCCCCCUACUCAAGACCUACCAGCUGAAAAUCCCUUCUAGGCACAAUAAGCCCUAGAACCAAGACAAAGGCUUCCGGUCCAGGAAGACUGGAGACCAACCUUUCUUUUACCUAAGAAAAUUUAGAUGCCCACAGUGGUGACCAGACCACUCAGGCAAACGGCAGACAGCUGGGAAGCAUGGCCUGUCCAGCCUCUAGCCCACUGACCAGUAGGUGAGAGCCCAACUCAGCAAGGCACCAAGACGGGCUGGGUGAAGAGCCACACUAUGGGGACCCUGCCUGCCACUGUCCAGGUGCUUGGCUGAGCGUAGUACAGAGCUUCCGGAGGUAGGCUAUGCACAAGGACACAGCCCAAAGGCAGACUGGAAUCAAAGGUGUGGAUGCCUUAAAUGCUUUGGAACUUUUACCCUCGAGUCUAAAGUUGUUACAGAGGGGAAACAGCUUAGACUGACCAUGGAGAAGCUGACAAGUGCUAACACCUGGACUGCUCAUUUGACAGCAGUGACCAAAUUUUUUUCUUCAAAUACACAUUUUUAAAAACCA